AUGCCUGGCAGCUAUUUGAUCCUGCUCUCACGGCAGGGCAAAGUCAGACUCGCAAAGUGGUUCACUACACUGUCACCGAAGGAGAAGGCAAAGAUCAUCAAGGAUGUCUCGCAACUCGUGCUGGCACGGCGGACGAGGAUGUGCAAUUUUCUGGAGUACAAAGAUUCGAAGAUAGUCUACCGUCGUUAUGCUUCCCUCUUCUUCAUCGCCGGAUGUGCGUCGACAGAUAAUGAACUUAUAACCCUGGAGAUCGUCCACCGGUAUGUCGAGCAAAUGGACAAAUACUAUGGUAAUGUGUGCGAGUUAGACAUCAUUUUCAACUUCCAAAAGGCGUACUUCAUACUAGAUGAAUUACUUUUGGCUGGAGAGAUGCAGGAGAGCAGCAAGAAGAACGUCCUAAGAGUGAUAUCGGCGCAAGACUCAAUCGAAGAUACCGAGGUAAGUGGAGCAUGGCUGUUUCGAUUUUACGGGGUCGAGUUGUGCUGUUAUACAUUCACUGCACCGGGUCGAUACCCAUAUCCUCUCAUACACUGA